AUGGCGCACUCCUACCCCCCCGGGCGCCCCCCAGCCCAAUGCAGGGGAUCGCCCCCAUCCCCCGAGGACCCCGCCCCCCCUAUCCGCCAGGUGAGUAUCCUUCCCCGCUCCUCCCCCCGCCUCUGUGAGCUUUGGACAUCCCUGCCCCCAGCCCCCCACCCGCAGCUGCACGCCGGGUGGUGUGUGGGAGGAAUCCCCGGCGGGCCCUCGGUGGCGGGGCGCGAGGCCCCAGACGGGGUGGGGCGGCACCCGGCCUGCCCCGCGGCGCGGCACCGCUGGCGUGAGGGCGUGGAGGUGCCGCCCCCCCCGUGCCCCAACCCCCUCAUGACUGUCUCGUGGUCUUGCAGCGGGGGGCGCCGCGCCCCCAAGCCCCAGCGGUACUCGAGCGGGCCGGGCGGGCCGUCGGGCGGGCCGCCACCCAUGAUGGGCGUGAAGGCCGGGCUGCGGCCCGCGGCGCCGCCCCCGGGGCUCCCCGAGGGCCCCCGCCCGCCCCACCUGGCCCGCUCCUUCUCCUCGUACUCGUCCUCGCCGGAGCGGCUGGAGCUGCUCUACUCCUCGCAGGAACGCAUGCAUGGGGAUGGAUACCUGUCUUCCCCGGAGAGGUCCCCUAGGCCCUAUGGGGGAGGGGGGCCUGCCUUCCUCACCCCCACCCCUAGUUACGAGGAUCCUUACUAUGGGGGCCAGUACCCAUCACGCAGCGGCUCCGUCACCCCCAUCAUUGACGAGGAGACCAGGUCAGCGUUCUACAGUAUGAGGGUAGAGCAGAUGGAAAGACAGCUGGCAUCUCUGACUGGCUUGGUGCAGAAGGCUCUACACACGGGCGUCGCCACCUCACCCCGGCCUGACCACAUCCCCCUGGCGCCGCCCCCUGCUGUAGCCGCCGCUGCCGCCGCCGCCUCUGCCGCCGCCGCCGCCGCCGCCGCCCAGGCCACCAACGACAGGGGAAAUGACAAUAACCAGCGAACGACUAAUGAUUUUCUUCAGGUCCCUUCUAAUUCCUCGUUUAGCAAGAGUACAGAAAAAUCGGUAUCAUUUGAGAAGUCAGUUUCCUUCAGCGAUGACCUGCCUGACCUCAGCACCCCCCCAAAGCAGCACGUCCCUGCAGCCGAGAAACAGCCUAUGAAGCCAGCGAUCAAGUGCUCCACCCUGCCCAGGAUGUCCUCCCAAGACUCCUUAUGUGCAAAUAAUGGAGAGGCUCUCAGACCACUCAAGCCUGCCUCCACCCCCACUCCUCCUCCCACUACUACUACUACUACCACUACUACCUCUACCACCUCCCUCAAGCCACUGCCUCCGCCAAAACCUCCCAAUUUGAUGCUCACACAACCAUCUCUUUCACUUCAGAAUUCAACAGACCUGCGGCUCUCCCCUGAGGUGUACAACCAGCUGAGGGUGCUGCAGAAGAAGGCUAAGGAACUGCGCACUGACGUCAGGAACCUCCGCAAGACUUCCCAGGCCAAUGCUCUUACUAUGAAGGAGUUACUUAGGGACACUAUCAGCAAGAUUACGUCGGUGCUUCAGUCUAAUGAAGAGAGCUUACUGCAAGGCACCUCUGACGCCGAGAGGGCGAGGAUACAGCGGGAGGAGGCAUCUUACCGGCAGGACAUGAACAAGCUGGACAAGGACCUCUGUGACCUGGAGUUGAAAGUGGAGGAACUGCGGAACAACGUAAUCAACCGGCGACUCCGUGUCAACAUGUCAGAUGUGGAAAACAUGGCACUUAUCCUUUCUAGGUCAAGAUCCCGGGAGGAGCCAUUGAAGAGAGCUGUGUGCUGGACGGGAUCAUGAUAAACAAGGAUGUGUUGCAUGCAAAGAUGAGCAGGAAAGUAGACAAUCCUCGUAUCAUUCUCCUUGACUGCCCGCUGGAGUACAAGAAGGGCGAGAGCCAGACUUCGGUGGAAAUGACUGCUGAGACGGACUUU